AUGUCUCAACCAACUGAAUCAGUCAUCAUCGUCGGCACCGGCAUCGUCGGUUCUUCCCUCGCCUAUUUCCUGUCUCAAUCUUCGACGCCCCGAACCAUAACCCUCAUCGACCGUUCUUUCACUUCCCUCCUCGGCUCAUCAGGGAUUGCACCCGGCUUCGUCGGCCAGUUCAACGAAUCUGAAGUCCUCACCAAACUUGCAAUCGACACUGUCUCAGAAUAUGUCAAAAUUCCUGGUGGUUUUGACAGAGUUGGCGGUCUGGAGAUUGCGUUUCAAGGUGAGGGUAUUCAACGAUUGAAGGCGAGGUGUGAGGAUGCGAAGAAGCUUGGGCUUGAGGCUAGGAUGUUGAGCAUUGAGGAGGCGCAUCAGCUUGCCCCAGAAUUGGUCAAUGAGGAUGGUGAAGGGCAGGCGGUCUUCUUUGAGAAAGAUGGGACGGCGAAUGCAGUGAAAAUAACGACUUGGUAUCAACAAGAGGCGAAGAAGCAUGGUGUCAACUUUGUGGAAGCUGAUGUGAAGCAGCUCACCAUCUCGGAGGGUAGUGUCACAGGCAUUGAUGUUGUUGAGAAUGAGGCAUCGCGCCAUCUCACCGCUGAUAAAGUCAUCAUGACGACUGGAAUCUGGGCCCAAGGUCUCUCAUCAAACCUCCCCUUUCCUGUCCCAGUCAUCCCCGUUGGUCAUCCCUACAUGCAUGCUCAACCUCACGAACCACUUCCCCACAAGAUAUCUUUUGUCCGUUGGCCAGAACAUCACGUCUACGCCCGCGAUCACGGUACAAAUUUUGGCAUCGGAAGUUACGACCAUGCACCUAUCGGCUACAAACCCGACACUACAGCCAAGGGAGAGUGGGUUGACUGGUUCAAGCAACCUCUUGAUUUCGCUACGGGGUUACUUCCUCCUGCAGCAGCUCGGGAGUUCCAAGAUGGGAAUCAUUUCAACGGAGUGUUUAGUAUGACGCCUGACAAUAUGCCUCUUGCUGGAAAGGUUGAGUCGGUCGAGGGAUUGUUCAUGGCAGUUGCAGUAUGGGUUACGCAUGCUGCUGGUACAGCCAAGGUUCUGACAAGGAUUAUUGAUGGAGAAGAAGUGGAUGGCAAGACGAGGGAGGCUCUUGAUCCCGAGAGAUUUAGAGGACAGGACUUUGCGCAGUUGGAAGAGAAGUCGUUGACGGGCUAUAACUCUAUUUAUAAGACUAUUAAGUCAGGCUCGGCUUAGGGAUCAU